AUGGCUCUUGUACAAAUACAGGAGCCGCCUGCUAAAGGGGUGAGGAUCAAUAAAGAGACUGGGGAGCUCAGUGCCUCUGGAGAGUUAUCGGUCUCUGUGGAGAAAUGCGAGACCCCCAAAGAUCCCCAGUCUCAGGAUGUGCUCAUAAGACAGUUACAUGAUCUGGGGAUAUACUCAUAUUUGGAGCAGAAGAAUGACAGAUCUCCUCUUGUCCCAAAAGAAGCACUCGCUAAAGUCCUCUGUCUUUAUAUACAGAUUUGUGAGGAUGGGGGCACAGUCGAUGCUGUCAAUUUGAAGGGGCUUGCAGCUCUUACGUCCGACACAGUGAUUCACAUCAUCAACAAGACACUUAAAGACAAGCCAGCAGAUGAAGCUCGCAGUGAGGUGGUGCUGUUCUUCCAGAGCGAAGAUACAAGCACAACGUCUGAAAAUGGUUGUUGUUCUGGAUGGUUGCUGUUGAAAUCCUUGGCUCUGCUCACGAACGCUGGCCCAGAUCUACUCUCCAGUUUAAACCUUGAGCUCCCUACAGUGUUGGUGAAAUGCCUUUACUUGCUGGUGUGCUUGCCUCCCAGCAAAGAAAACAUAGUCUUUGAGCAGUCAUUUCAGGAGACACUUACACAGGUUGUUCUCCACCUGUGUCGGCUCCCGGUGAAUGUGGAGAAGAUGGUUGAGACUGAAGCUCUUCAGUGUUUAAUCAUUGGCCUCACAUCACUGUGGGACCAGACAAGUACUUUGUGGAGACACAAAGCGUCACAAAUUCUAAAAACUAUUUCUGCUUCUGCAACCGAAAAUGUGAUCCCAAGUUUGCUAGGAAAGCAUUGUGUACGUAUCUGCAUCCAAAACUUGUUGCACAUCCGGACAGAUGUAUCUGGACCAUUAUUAGCCGAAGUAGCCGUUGCUGUAUUUAGUUUUAUAAAAGACACUUAUGACCUCAAUCCUGCACUUUUUGAAGUAUUUAACUCCAGCAAUGGCUACAAAGUGCUUGAGAACAUCUUGAUAUGUUGUGAAGACGGUGUGUCUGAUGACCAGUUUUCUCCUGUGGAGGAAUUAAUACAACUAAUUGAAACAUUUAUCAUGUUUGGAAAAACUGAGCUGAAAGUUGCUCUUUGUGUGAGCAACCCUCAACCUCCAGGAUUUAAAUUUGAUUUUCCUCAAGCCACAGGUUCUCUUGUAAAAAACCUCCCAGCCUUCCGCCUUCUACAGGGGUCACUGCUGCGAUCUCAGGACUCAAGAUUGUGUUGCCAGAUCCUCCAAACCAUGCAGAGAAUCUGGGAGAAAGACAUGUCCAACUUUUUCCUUUUGGAGUGGUCAACUCAAACCCUGACUCAGCUGGCCACUUGUUUGUUGUCUAAACCAUCGGCUGUACAUAAUCUCUUUUUCUCAAUGUUAGAAAUGAUCAUCUUCAAAUUAAACUUCAUUCCUCAUGAGACCUUGCGAGCAUUGCUCACUGCUCUGAAACAGACAUGGACGGGAGCAACUUUACCAAAAAUGAGUGAAUUGGAGUUUGGAGUUUCAGCUGUCAAGGGUUUCCAUAGGAUUACAGUGCACAGUGGUCUUUUAACAGAGGUAUUAUGUGACUAUGGCCUGCUGAAGUUACUACUUGGUGAGCUCCGCAGAAGAGCUAAAAUCCUAAUUAAAGCUGUAGCUGUCACCACAGAGUCUUCACGACUUUCACACAUAAACGACAAUGAAAGGCUCCUCACCAACUACAUUCUUCAAGUGGUUUCGACAUUUACUUUGCGCUCAAUAAAAAACAUUGUUACAGUUCGUGAACUUGGCAUGAUUCCCUAUAUCAAGAUCUUCGUGAAUGAGGAUCAAUAUCGAAUGUGUACUUUGAGUAUUUUGGAGCAGUUAGCUGAGAUCAACCCUGAGGAGUUUAUGAGUAUCGCCAUCGGAGCUCUCUGCUCUUCCACUCAUCUGGAAAUCAAACUGAAGAAAGAUCUCUUACAGUCGGUAUUGAAAGUGUUGGAGAGUCCGAACAGCUGGGAUGCCUUCAGGAAGGCUGGGGGCUUCACUGGUCUGCUCUCACUCGUGACUGACAUGGAAGGAGCUUUUGCUGUUCCACCCCAGGCAGAGGCAUUCAAUAAGUUUUCCACAGGGACCUUCUCUUCUCUUGAGCUGAACUUGGACAUAAACUGUGAUCAUCAAAAAACGAAUUAUCCAUCUGUGCUUGAUGAGGCGGAGGACAUACAUGGGCAAAGCCGAAAAGCUGCGCCCAGUGCCUCUAUUGUCAGUUCUGAUUCUCACCACAGAUUUAGCUGUGAAAAUGUCAUUCUUCAUCCUGGCGCAAUUAGAGCUAUGAUGACUCUUUUUCCAUUGGUUUUUACUUUUGAGGACCCACAGCUUUCCAUGGAUGUACAACACUCUCUGGUGCACCACAUCCAAGUUAUGGUUAAAUCAGAGAGAAACAGGCAGAUCAUGUGUGAGGGUGGGCUGACUGCAACCCUAUUGGCUCAUUGUGGUAAAAUGUUGAUGGAACCAAAACACCCUUUGCAUCUCCCGGUCACUCGCAUUUUCGAAAAGCUCUCCUCUCAGUCAAUAACACUGAAAGACUUUAGGAAUUUUCUUUGUCUUGGGGACCCUCUCAUGUGUUUGUCUGGCAAAGUGUCCGAGAAUGACAAACCCAUUGACAAUAGUGAUGGAAACAAGUUACCGGAAUUUUCAAGAAAGAUCACAAAGAGAACAUUUAGCCUUUUAAACUCAAAAUGCUCUGCUGGAUCUGCGAUUCCUGCUCACCAAAUCGUCAGUCUGGUAUCGAUGACGUCACCUCGAACUUACAGGCCGCAAAGAAUCUCCACCACUCCCGCUUUUGUUGAGUUUGAUAUGAGUGAAAGUGGAUAUGGGUGUCUUUUCCUUCCGUCUUUGGCCACAGUGAAGGGGGUCACUGCAGACUCGAUUCCCAUUGGUGGAACUGGAGGAGAUAGCAGAGGGUUUCCUCCAAGUUCUGGUCUCACGUUCUCGUGCUGGUUCCAGAUCAACAGGUUCACUUCUGCUUGUGAAUCUCACCCCAUUCGUUUCCUGUCAGUGGUUCGUCAUAUGUCUCGCACUGAGCAGCAGUUCAUCUGUCUGUCCGUUUCUCUCUCAGCCUGCGAUGGCUGUUUGGUCAUCUCUACAGAGGAGGAGGCUCUCACAUACCUGGAUAUGAUGGAGCCAGAGUUUUCCAGCCCAACUUCUUUAGCCACAUCCCUGCGGUUUCGCUGCUCCAGUCUGCUGAUCCCGGGACAGUGGCAUCAUUUAGUUGUGGUUUUAUCCAAGGAAAUGAAGAAGAGCUGCCUGGCUUCUGCAUAUUUAAAUGGAAAAGCUUUGGGAACUGGAAAGAUGAGAUACAUACAGCCAUUUCCAGGCUCGUAUGUCUCUAUGGAGCCAUCAGCCGUCAUAGAUGUGUACGCAGUGAUCGGGACGCCUCCUCUCUGGAAAGACUAUGCUGCUUUAAUUUGGAAAGUGGGCACCACUUACCUGUUUGAAGAACCACUGACCCAUGACGGCAUCUGCCUUCUAUACUCUAAAGGCACUGCUUACCUCGGCAACUUCCUGUCUGUAUCAGAUUUUGAGUCUAACCCUGCGCGGCUGGUUCCUGAAGAGAGGAUCUCAUUUGGCAUCAAUCCAGGAGUUUCAACAGUGACAACAGUUGCUCAAAUAAGGGAGGAUUAUAAUGAGGUGGACUGUCGGCUUAUUGCUAAAGAGAUGGGCAUAACUUCACGAGAUAAUCUCACCCCUGUGUUUCUUGCACAUAACAUCAGUCAACACUUAAGUGGUACAGCUCGAACCAUUGGAGCAGCGCUUGUUGGUCAUUUUGGUGUUCGUACCUUCACACCAAGAGGAGCAGCCUAUGGAUUUCUGUGUGCUGGUGGGCCUGCAGUUGUUCUGAGUCUAAUUGCAAUGGCCCCUGACGAUAGCUCCCUUUAUGCAGCGGUCAAAGUUCUUCUUUCUGUGUUGGAGACCAACCAGACUAUGCAGCAAGAAAUGGCACGCAUUGAUGGCUUUAAGCUUUUGGCUUUUCUUCUGAAGAGUAAGAGCAGUGUAGUCAGUAACAGGACCUUACAGUUGGUGUUGUGCAUGUCUGACUCCACAGAGGCAAACUUCAGCUCAAUUCACCAACUAAACAUUUCAGCAUUCAAGGCACUGAUUUCUGACCUGGAUAUGUGGCAGACUUCUGAUAAUCUGGACCUGACUGUUCUCAACCACUUUGCUGAAAUCUUGAAAUCCUUCAGUGACGACAGCAGGAAUGCAGAAAUCAUGCGCAAAAUUGAUAUUUUACCAAAGAUGUUGUUCGCGCUCACCAGUCCUUCUAUGACCCCCCGGAGAGUUGAGGCUAUUACUUCCAUCAUCACUUUACUGUUGAAAGAAUUCUUCAACCCUCUGGACAUAAGCAGAAUUGGCCUUUUUCUAGUUUUUACACUCCCGUCACAAAUGGAAGCAGCUGAGAGCCAUGAACUUUUAGACAGCCAUCACAAUACAAGUGUGGAGCACUCUGGUCCCGUCAGUCACGUAUAUAUUAGAAAUCAGAUCCUAUGUGUUUUUGUCAAAAUCCUGAACUCGGACGAUCUUCAAGAGAAGGAGCGACAGGUUCUAUUUGAAACGCUGGGAUGUGGUUGGUUUCUGCUCUUCCUUCAGUCUCAUCUUCACCCUUCCACCAUAAAACUGACACUUGUCUUAUUGAAUCACUUUCUGUUGAGCCAAACUCUCCUGGACAGUUUCAGUGAGGGAGUUUCAACAUGUUCUUUGAUGAAACAACCUUCAACUGCUUUGGACAACCUGAGGGGCCGGUCAGUUUCACAAGAGUGUUCUAGCACCACUUGUCCAGGCUUUGAUGUUCUGAAAGAGCUUCUAGUCACACACUUUUGCCUGUUCGAAGUGUAUGACUUCAUAGCAGCACUUUUACUACGGAAAAAGUUAAACCAGGAAACAAAGGAGCACACGCCUUUGGAUGAAUUUUUGCAGUUGUAUAUUAAGACUGAACAAAGCAAUCCCGCUGAACAACUUUGUGUUGGAGCUGCAACUAUCCUUCUUGAGCUGAUAAAAGUCACCAUACACCCAUCGAUUGGAGCAGAACAAACACCAAGUGCUUCAAUUUCAAGAUCCGCUCUUGUAUCAAGUUUGCUGCAGUUCCUGUGUCUCCUUCACAACCUUCGACCCAAAGACCCACUUUGGACUUUGCCAUUGUUUCUCCACACACUCGCCAGUGUUGUGCAUCCCUCACAAGUCCUGGGAGACGGAGGUGAAGCAGACCUGCAAAAGCCAGUGUGUGAUUUUUUCCGCAUUCUUCUAAUGGAUAGCCUACUCAAUGUUUCCCCCAGCAGCAGCCACCCUCUCCUGAUCCUAAUGGAGUUUUCCCCAAACGACGCUUCAGCGGAACAGUCUCUGCUUUUCCAAACAGAGUUGGUUGAAUUUGUCAUUGAUAUCAUUUAUGUGCUCAGUGGUGAAGAAGAAAGUCAUACUCACUUAAAUUCACAAGAUGGAAACAGCCAAAUGCCUUUUUUCACCUUGAUGGAAAAUGUGGUGCUUUUCACAAAGACAAUGGUGCAGAAACUUUACAAUGGGACAAUUAUGGGCGACUGUAGAAGUUUGCUCCAUUUCCUUGCUGACCAGAUUGUUAUGGUCUUAGAAAAUGGACAAGCUCAGAAAGACAAGAUCUUAUCUGAGUUGUAUUCCUCUAUAAACAGAGUGAUGCUUUUCUUCCUGUCUCAAUCCCAACAAAAAUACCAAGACGUGUUGAUUCAAACAUUGGAGACAGUGCUGGACCGCUGGGAUGUUGUCAUGGCCACUUACAAUGCCAAUGUGAACUUUAUGACGUGUUUUCUCUAUUGUCUGAUAAUAACACGAUCCAAAAGGUAUCCAGAAGGAUUUGAGUGUACGUCUGGAAAAAUGUACUACAGAAAUAUGUCAUCCCUAAUAUUCCCAGUGAAAAAUCGACACAACAACGUCAAAUCCCGUAGCAACAGUUCCAUUUCAGAUGAUCAAAGACUUGAAUCUCUCGUGGAUGCAUGUUGGUCGCGGCUCAUGAAGGAGAGGCAGUAUAAUCUUGAGGAAAGUUUUAAGACUGAUAUUUCAGCUGGCCACACACCCAAAACACAUCCUGUCCUUAUGACUGAAAUCAGCCCUCUGUGGGAAGAGAUUCUCCAAAAAGGCUGGAAACUGUACACAGACUCAUUGAGGAAAAUGCUGUUAAGCAGUUCCCCAAACACCUUUGACCGCAUUAGUAACGUCGUUUCAUCUGUUCUGAGCAAAUCGAGCAAAGAGUCCUCAACCGUCGAAGAGUUUCUGGUUUCUAUGGAGCUGAUUCGACGGAGUGGUCAAGAGACGUUUGAACGCAUGAGGAUGGACCACAUACAGCUAAAGACCAGUGAGUGGGAGUGUUUGUCUUCUAAGUGGCUGGAUGUGGAGGCUGAACUAAUGAGGGAGAGGGCUGUUUUUGGGCCUGGACCUGGAGUUCUCCUGAGCAGAGACUGGGUACAAGGGGCUGCAGAAGGUCCAAACAGAACGAAACCUCACAUUCGCAGAAAAACUCAAAGACAAUCAAACAAGCAGAUGAUGUGUUUGGGAUCAGAAAGAGCUGACGUUGAAACAGAAGCCAAGAUCCUAUGUGAGGUGGGAGCGGAGGUGGAAGAAACCGCGGCAGAUCAGGAGCAGGACAGUGUUCAGUUGACCUUCUUCCCCGUUCUGAAUGAAGCGGCUUUGAGUUUUGAGGCCACUGACCCCAGUGCCUCCCAUUGCUCCUGCCCCACAGACUGCUCAUCUGUCCGCAUCAUUCUACAAGAGCUGCAAGAUGGAGAGGAGGUCAAAACCAAAAUGUGCAUAGUGACUGUGAGAGGCCUGAGUGUGACAGAAGGAGUGCUGCUCUUUGGAAAAGACAGUGUGUACUUGUGUGAAGGCUUCACUUUGAGUUCUACAGGAGAGGUCUGUUGUAUAAGUCACCAUCCCAGCAGAGUGAGAAAUUCCUAUGUUGCAUCCAUGUUGAGUAAAGAUCUGCCAGUGUCCAGUUGCAGGCGCUGGCUCUACCAGGAUAUAAAAGAUGCACGUUUUAUGCGAUACUUAUUAGAGGACAAUGCUUUGGAGAUCUCUAUGAAAACUGGACAUUCAGCCUUUAUGGUUUUCCUCAACAGAGACCAUGUCAAUGCUUUUAAGAAGUUGUGUCUGGCAGUUCCAUCCUUAAAGGGUAGAGGUGUGACCGAGGUUAUUGCUAAUGCACGAAAGACACCUGUCAUUGAAAAGUCUGCUCUCCUCAAGUGGCAGCGAGGAGAGAUGAGUAAUUUUGAGUAUUUAAUGCAUCUGAACACGUUGGCUGGUAGAACAUACAAUGACCUGAUGCAAUAUCCAGUCUUCCCAUGGAUUUUAGCCGACUACGAGUCUGAGACUCUUGAUUUGGCCAACGCUGCAUCUUUCCGUGAUCUUUCUAAACCAAUGGGAGCGCAGACAGAGAAGAGGAGGCAGAUGUUUAUCCAGAGGUACAAGGAAGUCGAUGGCAAUGAAGAAGAAGGAGAUUUAUCUGCGCAGUGUCACUACUGCACCCACUACUCCUCAGCCAUCAUCGUGGCCUCCUUUCUUGUUCGAAUGGAGCCAUUUUCCCAAACUUUCCACACUCUGCAGGGCGGCUUUGACAUCGCAGAGCGCAUGUUUCACAGCGUGAAGAAGGAGUGGCAUUCUGCCUCUCGGGACAACAUGGCGGACGUCCGGGAGCUGAUCCCAGAGUUCUUUUAUCUGCCCGAUUUUCUGCUUAAUUCCAAUCAUAUCAACUUGGGCUGCAUGGAGGAUGGAACUCUUUUAGGAGAUGUGGAGCUGCCUCCCUGGGCCAAAGGCGACUCAAAGGAGUUCAUUAGAGUCCAUCGAGAGGCCUUGGAGAGCGACUUUGUGAGUUCACGCCUUCAUUUGUGGAUCGAUCUGAUUUUUGGAUACAAGCAGCAAGGACCAGCAGCAGAGGAGAGUUUAAACCUGUUUCACCCAUAUUUCUACGCCCAGCGGGAUCGGGCAGACUCCAAAGACCCACUUAUCAAGAAUUUAAAGUUGGGUUAUGUGAGCAACUUUGGCCAAGUGCCAAAACAGCUCUUUACCAGACCGCACCCAGCUCGCAUUAGCACAAAGAAAGAAGCAGCAGCUCUUUCCUUACCAACUCCAUUCUUCUUCAGGCUGGACAAACUUAAGACCACAGAACAGCCUUUCAAAGAACUCUCCAGAGGACCAGUUUGGCAGAUACUGUGCGAUAAAGAAGUCGUAGUUUUGGAGAAAAAUAAGAUUUUACUGUCACCAGCACUGAACUGCUGCUUCAUCUGGGGCUUCCCUGACAACAGCUGUGCCUUUGGAAACUACUCCACUGGAAAGACUUUUGCUGUGUUUGAAGAGCUGUGUGUCUGGGGUGAGACUCUGUGUGCCGUUUGUCCAAAUCCAACCACUGUCGUCACAGCGGGGACCAGCACAGUGGUGUGUGUGUGGGACCUGGCUCUCAGUAAAGACAAGCUCGGCCAUAUGAAACUUAGACAGCCAUUAUACGGGCACAUAGAUGCAGUGACGUGCCUGGCUGUGUCUGAGGUCCACAAUGUUCUGGUGAGUGGGUCCCGUGACUUCACCUGUAUCCUGUGGGACCUGGAGGAGCUGAGCUAUGUCACGCAGCUUACAGAACACACAAGCAGCGUGUCGGCCGUCGCCAUCAAUGAUCUAACUGGGGACAUAGCCUCAUGCGCAGGCUCACAGCUGUACCUGUGGACCAUGAGGGGUCAGCUGUUGGCCCGCACAGAGCCCUCCUGUGGGCCUCAGGCAAACCUGCUCUGUGUCAGUUUCUCACAAAGACUUGAGUGGGACGCCAGAAAUGUCAUUGUGACCGGCUGCUCUGAUGGCAGUGUCAAGAUUUGGAGGGCGGAGCUGAAACAAGCACAUUUGGCUUUCUCUUCAGAGGAGGUCCAGUCCCAGGCACUGGGGCGUACAGCAGACACCAAUGCAGCUCUUGUCGGCUGUUCACCUGAUGUCAAAAUAUGGGAGCGGUGUCUUGUGUUGAGUCAUGAGCUGAACAGAGGACACCCUGUGUCACAGCGACGUUUCAAGAAGAACCCCGCAGUCACGGCGCUUUCCAUGUCCAGGAGUCAUGCCACUUUGCUCGUGGGUGACGCUUGGGGCAGAGUGUUUACCUGGACGUGUGAGUGA